AUGUUUGGGUCACCGUUCACUUCGUUCGUUCUGGCAGUGGCCUUAAUUAGCAGCUGGAGUUUCAAGCUGACCAACGCAUCCAACAUAUUGGCCCUGUUCAUCAAUAGCCACCGUUCCCAUUUGCUGCUCUACACAUCAAUUGUAAAUUUGCUACUGGACAGGGGACACAAUGUAACCGUUAUAACCACUCUGGAAGUGCAAGAAUUCUCCUCAGCUCCUGAAAAUCUAAAAUGGAUAAAGUUAUCAUCGGAGUACACGAGAUCGAGGCAUUUGCCAAAUUCGAAUGCCUUGGAACAGAUUGAAUCCAUGAUGAAGCGUAUCGAUGACACCUCAGAGUUUAUGAACGAUCCAGCGUGGCGUAAAUUUAUGAAGGAUCCGAGAGACCAUCAUUUCGAUCUUAUGCUAUUGGGUUACCUCUUCAAUGACUACCAAUUGGGUGUGGCUGCUCAUUUUAAGUGUCCCUCGGUGGUGAUUUGGACUGGGCAGCCAAUUGGAUUUAUUCAUAAAUUAAUUGGUAAUCCGGAAUACAGACGAUAUGUGCCUCAACCCUACGAUCGACAUCAAUACAGAGGUUGGAGGGGUGUUGCAUUUGGAUGGUUCGAGAAGUUCGUCGAAAGCAUUGCUUUGCACAAAAUGAAGGAAGUGUAUGAUGAACACUUCCCCCAACCCGAAUACCCUACAUUUUGGGAAAUACGAAAAAAUGUCUCCCUGACGUUUGUCAAUCACCAUUCGUUGAGUGAGGGUCCCAUUGGUCCACAGGUACCGGGGAUUAUUGAAAUUGGUGGUCUGCAAUAUUCAAAACUAUAUGCCAACAAAACUUCCACUGAACACUGUGACAGUGAUCUCGAAACCAUCCUAAAUGAGGGAAAGGACAUUAUCUAUCUGAGUUUUGGUUCCCGAGUUAAGUGGUCAAUGUUGGAUAGAAAUAUGCCAAGAGUUUUCGUUGAGGCGUUUAAAUUAUUCAUCAACUAUACAGUUAUAUGGACUUAUGACCGAGACUGUGAGGACUUGGAAAAACUCUCCCCAAACAUUAAAUGUCGUGCUUGGUGGCCUCAAAAUGCAAUAUUAGCCUGGAAUAAUACAAAGCUUUUUAUAACGCAUGGCGGCAAGGGCAGUGUUUCGGAAGUGUAUAGCCAUGCUAAACCCAUUUUGGGUUUUGCUUUCUUUGGCGAUCAGAGAGCCAACGUGGCCAGAAUACAAACCAAACAGUUGGGCAUGGCAUUGGACAUUUAUAAUCUCACCUCAGCCCAAUUGGUGGAUACGCUCAACGAACUUCUAAAGACUGAUCGGUAUCAUAGAAAUGCAUUGGCAUUCUCUCGAUUAUAUCGCGACAGGCCCCAAAGCAGCGAAGAAAGCGUCAUCUUUUGGCUGGAAUAUGUCAUGCGAUACGGCGGUGCAAGACAUUUACACAGUCCUCUGAGGGAUUUGAACUUUUUUGAAUAUUAUUCAUUAGAUAUUUAUUUAAUUGUCAUUGUAAUAUUGUUAAUUGUAGUCAAAUUAUGCAAUUGGUUGGAAAAGAAGCUCGAAUCAUAAAAACUUACC